CGUCCGUCCGGCUCGCCACUCUGAGUUUCACCGGCGGAGCGGCACACGUCUUUCUCCACAACACCAGUUACUCUCCGUUUCACCUAAAAUGGACGCGGGAUUCUUCCGCGGUACGAGUGCGGAGCAGGACAACCGCUUCAGCAACAAGCAGAAGAAACUGCUGAAGCAGCUGAAAUUUGCAGAAUGUCUGGACAAAAAGGUGGACAUGACCAAAGUGAACCUAGAAGUCAUCAAACCUUGGAUUACUCAGCGAGUGACCGAGAUUCUGGGGUUCGAGGAUGACGUCGUCAUAGAGUUCAUAUUUAACCAGCUUGAGGAGAAGCACCCGGAUAGCAAGAUGAUGCAGAUCAACUUGACAGGCUUUCUGAACGGGAAGAACGCCCGGGAGUUCAUGAAGGACCUUUGGCCCCUGCUGCUGAGCGCCCAGGAGAACAUUGCUGGCAUCCCCUCUGCGUUUCUGGAACAGAAGAAGGAGGAAAUCAAACAGAGACAGAUUGAACAGGAGAAGCUUGCUUCUCUGAAGAAAGUGGAUGAGGAUAAGAAGGAAAAGGACACCCGAGAGCGAGCUCAGUCAAAGAGCCCAAGAAGGCGAAAAACGAGGUCACCGUCACCGCGGAGGAGAUCGCCGUCGCCGCGGAGGAGGUCACCGGCGAAGCGGGAAAGGAAACACAGCCCCUCACGUUCUCCGAGACGCAAACCAGUUAGUCCAGUUGGUGGCAGUUCACCCCCUCCGCCCCUGAUGCAGCUGACCACAAAAUCUUCUGAGCAGCUGGUGGAACCGGAUACUUCAGGAAGAGCUGUGCCAGAGCCGGUCGUCCAAGAAGCUUCUUCCACCUGUGACACAGUCGUGGAGGUGGUGAAAGCCGACUCGGUGAAUGAAGUCAAAGAGCAGUCGCCGGAGAAAACUCAUAAGAAAGAAGAAAGACCAAGGUCACGAGAACGGGAGAAGGACACGAGGAGGGAAAGGCACCACCGCUCACGCUCUCAUUCCCGUUCUCGCAGACGCCGCUCUCGUUCUAGGUCUUACUCCCCUCGUAGAAGACAAAGUCCUAGAAGAAGAAUGUCUCCUCGCCGAAGGAGCCCCCCUAGACGUGCCCCCGCUGCCUCCAGGCACAGACACAGGCGCUCCCCUGUCCGCAGGAGGCGCUCCCGCUCUGCGUCAUCCUCUGGUAGCAGCUCAUCAGGCUCUCGUUCGCCUAAAAAAGCAGUGAAAAGAAUAUCUAGCACGCCACCCCGAAAACAGGUGCAUCAUCCCGACACUUCCAUUAGUCCUGCAGGGAAGGACAGAAGAUCACCGUCUCCACGAGCUAGAAGGGGCCGGGGCUCUCCUUCCCCACCCAGAUCAUCAGGGUUCAAGAGAAAACCAGGAGGAAGAGUCGAUUCUCCCACUGACAACGUCAAGCCCAGACCAUCUGAAGGCUCUGAGUCGGAGGAGGAUAAAAAUGAGAAAGGGGCAACAGCAGAUUCGGUGCAGCAGCGACGUCAGUAUCGCAGGCAGAACCGACAGUCGUCUUCAGAAACGGGGUCUUCCUCUUCAGAAGAUGAGGCCCCCAAGAGGCCAACAGGAGGGUCAGGUGCCAGAAACGGUGAAGUCAGGAGGCGGCGUAGCCGUACACCAUCUCCUCGGAGACGACACAGGGAUCCUUCUCCAAGGAAACGACGUUCUCCGUCUCCUGUACGCAGACGUCGGUCGCCUUCUCCCCCACGCCGUCGCAGAUCUCCCUCUCCCCCUCCAAGACGCAGGUCUCCUUCCCCACCACCCCGUCGUAGAUCUCCAUCCCCCAGACGAUAUUCUCCGCCUAUCCAGCGUCGCUACAGCCCUUCACCUUUGCCUCCUCCAAAGAGGAAGCUAUCUAGCUCACCCAUGAGACGCUCUUCUCCGGCUCCCAAGCGACGCCCCUCCAGGUCCCCUAAGCGUAGAAGCUCUCCCGCUCCAAGGAGACGAUCCCCUCCCUCCUCCACGUCUCCGCCCAGACACAGGCGGAGCCCCAUGUUGCCAUCUGGGCGGCGAAGCAGAGAUGCGCGAUCCCCUGUUGCAGCAGCCAGACGCCUCUCCCCAUCCCCUGCGAACCGCAGUCAUGCAGUUAGGGGAUCCCCGAGUCCCCCCCCGCGACGGUAUGAAACCUCGAGUGCAUCUCCGUCUAACCAGCGCAGACAGUCGUCACCUUCACACAGUAAAGUAAUCCGCAGAGUUUCACGCACCCCAGAGCGCCGAGACAACCAGAGACCCUCUCCAAGCCCCCAGCCUAUAAGGAGAGCGUCCUCCAGAUCCAGGUCCGUUUCUGCUGAACCAGCAGUUCAGAAACGCCCGGCCCCUGCAUCUGCCUCCCCCUCCCCGUCUCGCUCUGUCAGUGCGUCUCCACCGCCAGCCAAGAAGGCCAGUAGUGGUUCUGGAAGUCGCUCUCCAAGCAAGAAUUCGGAUGUUGACGGCAGUUCAAAGAAAAAGAAGAAGAAGAAGGAAAAGAAGCAUAAGAAGGAGAAGAAGCACAAAAAGCACAAGAAACAUAAGAAGGAGAAGAGUGGUGGUGCUGCUGCUGUGACUGCAGACCCUCAGGAGACCCAGGCUGCAGAGGAGGACAGAGAUUCCAGAAAGGAGUCGGACACCGACGUGGAGAACACGUUGGACGAUCUGGAAAAGCACCUUAGAGAGAAGGCCCUGCGCUCCAUGAGGAAGGCCCAGAUGUCUCCGUCACAGAUGUCCUGAAACCGAGCGGCUCUCGCUCUUCCACUCACUCUUGAUGUUUGUCAUCAACCUGGUUCAGCUUUAGAAUGUACAAAUUGUUAAAUCUUGACUUUUGAUUUUCUUUUUACUGGUUUGGUACAUUUUGAAGGGUUUGAUUUGUUGGUUAGUGUGUGACCUGAACUGUAAAGAAGCUUGUGAUGUUCAUCAUUUUAAUUUGUCGAGCAGGGUUUUGAUUUGUGCAGGUUAAAUAUUAUUUUCACAGCCUACAGUAGAUUCUGUUGAAAUGAUUGCAUGUGCAGUGAUUGUCUCUGAUGUGCAUGAACCACUGACCUUAUGAAGUGUAGGAACUGUACAGUAACAUACAGUUACUUUGCCUUUUAGUCGUGAGAGACAGCUGUGUCCACUAUUAAAGAGGCUGUAACAGAGCGUUUUGUCCCAUAUUGUAACUUAAUAGAGGUGUUUGACAUCAUUUAACCUGCUUUUUUUUUUUUUUUGUUUGUUUUUUUUUAAUUCUUGUUUGGAGACGACAUAAACCUGCUUUGUUUUUUGUUUUGUUUUGUUUUUCCCCCAAACAUAGAUGAUGCCGUUUGUGUUGACACCCCUGUACCAAGCUAAUCUCUGUGGGACUGCUAAUAGUAACUUUGUAUUUAGUAACUUUGCCUCUUGUCAUCCUGUCCUUUCAGAAUUAAAACCUUUUUAUAGGA